AUGACGCAAUGCUUCGUCGAUCAAUACUCUAAGUUCUACGUGCCUGAGUUAGAUGAAUACGUAGACGGAAGAAAGACUCUAGGAGAAAAUAUAGCUGACAAUGGAGGCUUGAGGGAAGCGCUGACUGCAUUAAAGAGGCAUUUGCACAAGUCAAGCCCAGAGCCUAAACUGCCCGGGUUCGAACACUUCUCUGCAGAACAACUGUUCUUCCUAUCGUACGGCAAUCUCUGGUGCGGAAUAUCAACAAAAGAGUCACUGCAGUCUGAUCUAGGUGAUGAGCAUUCCCCGCAGCAGUUCCGCGCCAAAGGUGCGCUGCAGAACAGUGAAGACUUCGCCCGUGCUUGGCACUGUCCGCUCGGAUCACCCAUGAAUCCUAAGAAGAGGUGUAUUAUUUUCUAA